AUGUACUCUAAGAAGAGACGAAAGUCGGCUUUUGGAUGCUAUACCUGCAAAAUACGCAAAGUCAAAUGCGACGAGCAGAAACCGCAUUGUCAAAAAUGCCUUUCAACUGGACGUGUUUGCGAUGGCUAUCCUACGCAACCACCGAGAGGAGAUCGUCGUCCUUGGUUAUUGCUCGCUGUUCCAGUGACCCAGCACUUGAGGACAGAAGAUGACUAUCGAGCUUUUCAGCAGUUUGUAAAUUUCGUACCUAGGCUUAGGAAUUUUUCGAAUACCGAACUAUGGAAUACUUAUAUACUGCAAAUGAGCCAUGCGGAAGCUGCUAUUCAGCACAUUAUUCUUUCUGUUGGCCAUCUACUAGGCACACACGCACCUACAUCUGACAAGACAUGGAACAUGAUGCAAAAGGAGCAACAGCAGCAGAUGGUCUAUUACCAUUACGGCAAAGCACUAAAUGCUCUAGUCAACAGCCCAAACCCCGAUGUGUAUAUCGUGCUAUUGUCAUGUCUGAUAUUUUGUCUGUUUGAAGAACUUCAGGGGAACUGUUAUCCAGCUAUUCAGCAUAUCGUGGCAGGCAGAGACAUCAUAUUAAGGCAUAUCCAAACCAGAAAGCCAUCAACACGCAGCGAUAACUUGGCUUCGGUUAAGAAAUUAUCGGCUGGGAACCCACUUCUCACGCAGCUGUUGCAGGUAUACACGGGGCUGGAAACGCACGUAGCUGUGUUGGAGGCACGAGCUCUCAAUCCAGUUGCUCGUAUACCUCUAUCUGGAUUUUCGCAACGGGAGGUGGAAAGCUACACCAAAUCUCGAAAGCGUCUAUGCUGGGAACCUCAUCCAUCUUUAUCUUUUGGCGUCGAUGACAUCGACUCGAUAUUACCUGAAUUUGCAAAUAUGACUGAUGCUAGCCGUUAUCUAGCUGGACUAGCAGCUGUCUGUGUUACAGAUACAGAAAGUUCAUUGGGCUCAAUCCAGCCCAAAUGGCAUAGUACAUUUCUCGUCUCUUCCCGUCGGGCUCUAUGGCUUAACCACUGGCUUGAAGCAUUCAACCGUGUGAUGUCGACCUAUUCAGCAAAAAGAAUUACCAUCAAUGAUCAGGUCAAUUGCCACAUCCUCCGACUCUAUCAAUCAUGUCUCGCAUUCGUGAACCAAGCCAGAGACAUGGGACGAGAAACCAUCUUCGACGAGAAGCAAGUGGUUUUUGACUCGGUCAUGUUCAGAAUGACUAUCCUCAUUUCUAUUACGCAGGAAGAAUUGAUAUCCCCUCUUUUUUUUGUGGCCACUCGUUGCCGUGUGGGCUAUCUUCGGCGUACGGCAGUCGACUACCUGCGGCGGUGCGGGUUAGAGGGUGGAGUUUUGGCCGAGAUUGCAGAGCGAGUCAUAGAAGUGGAGGAAUCAAACCAUUUGAAGGAGGACGACGAAAAAGCACCAGAAGCUUUUGGCAUUCCUGCCGAAACGUCACGGCUCAGGCUCCAUGGUUUAGAGCAAGCGAGUCCUGCAAUGGGUCAAGGUCAAGACAUGUUCCACCUCACGGUGUCCAGUUUUCCAUAUUAUCCCGGCGCACCUCAAUGGCAUUUAUCGGUUCAUCUCCCUUUCGUGCGGGAAAAUGGAUUCAUGGACAAGGCUGGACCUAGUCUCGAACGAGCCCUUCGAUUUGUGAUGUAUAAACCCGUCUCCUAG